CAUAAUUUUUCUUCAUCUCUCUGAAACCCUAACCCACCCCUCUUUGUCUCUACUCUCUGAUUCAAACGAUUUCUUUCAAACCCAAACCCUAAUUCAGCUUCAAAUGCACAGUUAUGUCUAAAGAAAUCCAACAACCCAUUAUUAUGGAUUCUUCAAAUUUUACCCAUUUCAAACCAGAAAUUGAAAAAGAUAAAGUCUUGGGUUUUAUUCCUUCACAAAUCUCUGGGCGUCAAUGCCGUGCAAUGUGUGUAAUUGAUGAUGCCGGUAAGAAGAAAGAUGAAGUUACUCUAGGAAUUGAUCAAGAAGAAGAAGAAAAGAAGAAAGAAAUGGUCAUUUCUGAGAGGUUGCAUGCUCAUUCUCUCAUCACUUCUAAUGAUGAAUCUUCUUCUGUUUUAAUGGUGGAAAUGAACAACAAAGAAGAUUUUCAAGAACCCAUUUAUCAGUUACAAAAUGUUGUCAAGAAGAAUCAAGAACCAGUGGGCAAAGAAUUGGAUGAUCCAUUCAUUGCUGAAGAAAUGAAAGAAACCCAAGAAGAGAUUUCUUGUAAAGAUUCAGCAAAAGAGGAGGUAUGUCAAGUUCCUUCUUUACCCCCAUCCAUGUCUCAGUAUGAAAAUGCCCUAGUUAAGAUGAUGAAUUCAGAAAGUAGUUGUAGUAGAAUAGAAGAUAAGCAAGAUGAGGUCUUUCAACUGAAAGAUGCAAUUACUGGUGAUCAACACCUCAUUCUUGUAGUAGAGAAGACAACACAAGACGAUUUUAUCAAGUCUAAUUCAAUUUCUCCAUCUCAAAAUCUUGUUGAGUUGAGUAAUUGGGGAGAAUUGUCAGCCUCAGGUAGUAAUAAUAAAAGAAUGUCUGCUGAAAUCGGAAGUACUCGUAUUGUGAGUGGAUAUGGCUGUGCAAGGAAAGAAACCAUGAGUUCCAUUGAUUUGGAUAAGAAAAGGGCUGGAUUUGGCUCUGAGAACUUAAGGCAACAAGUGGAGAAAUGUUCCAGGAGAAGGUUUGCUGAAACAAACUCGAAGAAAGAUGUGUUGAGUAUGUUUGUUGAAGCUAGAAAUGUCUCCUGUCAAAAGAAAUUGGACGGAAAUAAGCAAAGUUACUCGAGGGAAGAAAUGGAAGUGCUGAGGUUUGUAAAUUCAUAUCAACAGCGUCAGAUAUGGCGAGAGAUAUACACUGGGUUGGGUCCUGCUGUGGCCAAACAACUUAAUCAAUUGUCAGAGGCUAGGCAGAAUGGUAAAGCCAUCACUGACCAACAACAGCAGCAGCAACAUCACCAUCCCCAGCUGCAUCACCAACACCCACGGCAACACCAGCAACAUCACCGAUACCCACUGCAACCACUGCAACAUCACCAAUACUCACAGCAGCAGCAACAUUACCAUCCCCAGCUGCAUCACCAACACCCAGGACAACACCAGCAACAUCACCGAUACCCACUGCCAUCACUGCAACAUCACCAAUACUCACAGCAGCAGCAGCAGCAGCAGCAGCAACACCCAAAGAAACCUCCACAGCAUCACCAUCAACAUCAACAGCAACUAGCUGGGUUGCACAGAGAGGAUACCUCAAUUCUAGGUGCUGGCACUGCCAUAGGGAGACCAGUCCACUUGCGAAUCAACAUGAAGAAUGCCCAAACAAACUGCUAUGUCCCUUAUGUUCAUUAUAUACCGAUAUACUACUCCAUGAGUCAUUAAGCUCAACUGACUAGGCAGAUAUCACCACAUCCCAGUGCAUGUACAUGUUAUGCUAACUGUUAGCCGUUUUGAGCCUGACCUGUGAAGAAGAUAUUAUGUGUUUCAAUUGUACAGCAUUAAGAAAACCUGACAGGUUAAACUUAACGAACUCUAUAAAUACAUGUAUUGCUUGUUUGAAUGAAACAAACUUUCUUUUGUUUAUAAAUGCGU